AUGAGCAGCAUGGGAAGAAAAGCUCAAGGCGACCGCUCCGGAGAACUUGCCCUCGCAAGUGGACUUUACAAGUCUAGCUUCUUUAAGCUCCAAUUAGAUGAACUGCUCACAGAGUCGAGGCCCAACUACGACAAGCAAACAGCGAGAGCUCAAGAUAUCUUACAUAAACUGAAAGAUCUCAUUGAACGACUACCCGAGAGACCUGCAAAACCAGCCUUCGAAGCCGGAAAAGAACUGCGCAGCGCGCAUGCCAUCGUCGUCCCAUUUCCCGAGCCACGACCCUCCAAAGACACCAAAUAUUCUGUGGGUUAUGCUCGACCAAGCGAUAUCAACGUUGUAGGGAGCUUUGCCCUGAGAACAGGUGCCAGAACAACAGAGAAGCACACUAUCGAUCUGGCGGUCACGAUGCCAAGUACUUUGUUUCAAGAAAAAGACUAUGUCAACUACCGCUUUUUUCACAAACGCGCAUACUAUAUUGCAUGCAUUGCUGUUGGCAUUCGUGAUGCGCAAGACUUAAACUUCAACGUCAAAUUUGCCCUGCAAGAUGGUGACAGCCUUCGUCCCGCCAUCAUUUUGGAACCGCGCAGUUCAGAGAAGGAUGGUUCGAUACUCACAAAGUCACGAAUCCGGAUCAUCACUGCUGUCGAGGAGAAUCUCUUCGCUCUAUCACGAACUCUGCCAUUGAAGAACAACAUCCGUCACGGCAUGGGUGAAAAUCCAGGUAGUGAUGAGCCUACGCCGUUCUAUAAUGCAGCUCUUCGCUCAGAGGCCACUGUCGCGUCUUACCACAAGCACAUACACUCGACAAUUCGACACUGCGAUUCCUUCCGAGACGCUUGCCUCCUUGGCCGGAUCUGGCUUCAGCAGCGGGGAUUCGCCUCUCCAUUCCAGGAAAGCGGAUUUGGAGGAUUUGAGUGGACUUGCCUCAUGUCUCUCUUAUUUGAGGGCGGUGGUGCUAACGGAAAACCUAUUCUGCUGAAAUCGUAUAGUAGCUAUCAACUUUUCAAAGCCACCCUGCAAUUUCUUGCAGGUCGGGACCUGACCAAGCCAUUGAUUUUGCCCGCUGCAGCUGGGAUAGAAUUCCCUACCGAUGGACCGGUCUUGUUCGAUGGAAAACGUGGACUCAACAUCCUCUACAAGAUGACAUUGUGGUCUUACGCUUUCCUCCGUCAUGAAGCGACGGUUACCUUAAAAAUGCUAAAUGAAUCUCGGGAUGACAACUUUGAUAAAGUUUUUAUUGUUAAAGCCAACGAAUCCAUGCUGAGGUUUGAUCGAGUUGUUGCACUUCCGUCUGCUGAAAGUGAUAAUGUGCUUCGGGCGAUUCGCAAUCAAUACGCUAUCUACGAUGUCCUCAAAAAAGCUCUUGGAGACAGAGCCAAGCUCAUCCACAUCUCCUCCAGCCCUCUUGAACCCUGGUCUGUCCAAGCGAAACUGUCUUCCCAAAGGGCAAAGGGGGGCCUUUCGGUAGGACUGCUUUUGAACUCAGAGAACGCAUCACGCGUUGUCGACCACGGUCCUUCCGCAGAGCAAAAGGAGGAAGCGGCAUCGUUUCGGUCAUUUUGGGGAGAGAAAGCCGAACUCAGACGCUUCAAAGAUGGGAGCAUCCUUGAGAGCUUGGUGUGGUCUGAUCAGCCGUCAUCGAAAUCGAUAGUGUACCAGAUUUUGUCCUAUAUCUUGCGACGACAUUUCAACUACGCUGAGGAGGAUAUUCAAUAUGUUGGCGAUGAAUAUGAAGCGCUGCUCAGCAGCUGUGGGGAUGGUAUAAUAUCCUAUACAAGCCCCUCUUUCCAGGUAGUCUCGGAUGCUUUCAAUUCGCUGGAAAAGUCGAUACAAAACAUGGAGGAAGUGCCAUUGACAGUGAGACACUUGGCACCUGCUGGCCCGCUUCUCCGAUAUGCUGCCCUUCGCGUCCAGCCUGCUCCCGGUGUGUCGAGUGAGCGCGUCGAUGUCAUUCUCCAGUUUGAGAGUUCCGCUCGAUGGCCAGAUGAUCUGGUGGCCAUUCAAAUGACAAAAGUGGCCUUCCUGAUCAAAAUUGGGGACUCGCUGGAAUCCUCUGGGGUGGCUACUUCGUGUAAGGUAGGGUUAGAGAAUGAGUCAAGUCGGAUUUUGAACAACGCGUUCUUAGAUGUUGUUCAUGUGUCCGGGGUCAUAUUCCGUCUUCGCAUCCAUCAUGAUCGGGAACAGACAUUGUUAGAACGCUCUUUGAAAGAAAAGGGAGUGACUGCACAGGUGAAACAAAAUAUCGCGUACGCACUGUCACUGUACAAGCGGACUUUCCUCCAGUCUCCUCGUCUGACCCAAGCGAUUCGUACCUUGUGCACACGGCAUCCUUUACUAUCACCCACAAUUCGCUUGGUCAAGCAUUGGUUUCAUUGCCAUCUGUUCACAGGCCAUUUGAACGAGGAAGUGAUUGAACUAUUUGCUGUUCGAGCCUUUACGCAGCCAUACCCAUGGGAUGCUCCGUCAAGCCUCAUGGUCGGCUUCCUUAGAACCCUGCACUUACUCUCGCGCUGGGACUGGCAGCAGGAGCCAUUGAUGAUUGACCUGAGCGGCCAGCUGGAUCAGAAUGCAGUUGAAGCCAUACGCACUCGCUUUUCUGCUUGGCGACAAAUUGACCCAGCAAUGAAUAAUGUCGCGCUAUUCGUGGCCUCGGAUAUUGAUCCAGAAGGGGUCUCUUGGACACAGUAUGAGAUGCCUUCGAAGGUCGUAGCAGCUCGCUUGUCUAUCCUGGCCAAGGCGGCUAUGAAAAUGAUGCGCCAAAAGGGACAUACUCUCAAUCCGUCCGACCUGUUUCAAACAUCUCUAGCACCUUACGACUUUAUUUUGAACCUACGCUCGAAAGGGUUCACCGAUCUCCUGGCUUCGUCAUCUCGGUACAAAAAUUUACAACAGCAAGUGAUUCAGGAUCGAGCCGAUAAGCUCUCGGUAGUCAAGACGUUUGUCCGCGAUCUGCAGGCCUGCUUCAGCCCAAGUGCCCUGUUCUUCCACGGCGAUGAACACUGCAACGUGGUUGCCGGCCUCUGGAACCCCCAUACGGUCAAGCCCAAGAACUGGAGCCUAAAGAUGACAUACUCCACGUCGCCACUAGCUUUGAUGAAUUCCGGAUCGAAGGGCAGUGACGACGUCUCCAUCAACCAGACGGCUAUCUUGAACGAGAUCUCCAGACUAGGGGCUGGUCUGAUUGAGCGCAUUGAGGUGAACAGCCGAGACACAGCGACUUGUACUUAG